CACACACAAGCUGCUGGAGGAACUCAGCAGACCAGGCAGCGUCUAUGGAAAAAUGUACAGAUGACAUUUCAUAAUGUGCUGUCAAGACCAUGGUUUAUUCUGCAUCCCCGAACAUGUUACAUAAUAUGGUGGAAAGCAGAUCUGCAGCUGGAUCAUUGCACCUCCCGGAAACUCCAUUUGUGUUGCUGAAUUUAUUACUCUUAAUGCAGUGGUAACAACACAAUAUCUGAAUGAGAGUAUCUUCAGGCAAAGGACUAACAAAUCCAAUAAUUUGACCAGCAAGGCAAGACCAAGGCAGUCAUUCACCGUCAUUGCGGUUUUCUCACUAUCUGACAUAGAUUGGCAGUGAUGACCUCGGAGAUCGCCAGUGGUUGCACUUCAUUGAAGUUCCCCUCCCAGGUUUUAGGCUUCCUCUUUGAGCCAAAGCAUGGCAUCACAAAGAUUAAACCUCCGCUUGGCUGUGUGUUUGCUGAAUAUCUCUGAAGCCAGAAAGAAAGACAUUGUGGAAAGUGUUGCUAAGGCUGCACUCAGUGAUAAACAAGCUUUUGCUUUGAUUACAGGACAGAAGAAAAUGCAGACAACUGUACUGAACAUAUUUUCAGAUUAUGACUACAACAGAUCAGUUCUAACUCUCGCAGGUUCAGUUGAGACAUUAGGUAACUCUGUUUUGUCAGCAUGCGUUGAAGCAUUUAACUUAAUUGACAUGAAAGCUCAUAUUGGCAUUCAUCCCUGUCUUGGAGCUGUGGACCUUGUCCCCAUUUACCCUCUCUCUGAGUCUGUUAGUCUGGAGGAGUGUGGCAGAGUGGCUCGUGAUAUUGCUGAAAAGUUAAUAGUCGAUGUGCCAGAUUGUAGUCUCUUUUAUUUUGGAUACGCUGAUCGACCUCUCAGACGAACUCUGGUCCAGCGCAGGAAAGAACUGAACUGGUUUAACAGGAGCAGCUUAAAGGUGAAGGAAAGAAAGCCAGAUGUGGGAGCUGCAAUUUCUCCCAGAUGUGGUUUAACAGGUAUUGGUGCCAGCCCAUAUGUUAUGAACUGCAAUGUGACUAUAGACACACAGGAUCUGAAUGUCGGACAACAGAUUGCUGGUGCCAUCCGUGGAGCAAAUGUUGGUGGCCUUAAGGGCAUCCAGGCAAUGGCCUUUCCUCAUGAGGGUACCAUGGAGAUAGCCUGCAAUGUGGAAAGCUUUAAAGAUGAGCCUUUACCACUUGUGACAGAAGAAAGGGGGAAAUAUAUUUCUUACCUCAUUCAGGGUGAAGAAUACCCGUACUUCUCUCCAAGUUCCAUCGAGAAGCGGAUUAAAGAACUGGCUGAAAACCUCGGAGUUGCAACAGUGGGCACUGCAUUGGUUGGCUUCACACCUGAGCAUUGCAAGAGAUUAGCAGAACAAGCUAUACGGGAAGGGACUGGAGAGUUCUGGAAAAAGCGCAAGGUCAUUACAAUGUAAGGGAGGUUUGUUAGUGUGAGGAGCAGUGCUGAGUUCAUCACAUAGAUGAUCCUCUGUACAAUAACAUUGAUACUAUCAGUCUGUAAUCAUGUUCUUGGAAAAUGAAUAAGAAGAUCAAUGAGUGGGAACAAAUGUUUGCAAAAGUUUGGCAUCUGCAAUAGAUAGUGAAAACAGAAAAAAAAAUGCCCUGAGCUGGUAGAUGGAUAACCAGUUUCCAAAGAAAGCCAGUGCCACUGUUGACACUUUGUGGGUGUUGGGAGGAUAUGCUUAUUUGUUCACCCAGAUUAGGACGAUCAAGUGUCAGCAUCGUGGAAAAUCCGUGCUCAGAUUUUGGAAUCCGGCUUAGGUGAAUGUGGAAAUCUGAAGAUGCUGUCUGUGAUUCUGUCUUCCGGGCAAGCAGGAUUGUGUAUAACCUUCUCCAAUGGUAUUAGGGGAAAUCACUUAACAGAAGCUACAUUCAAACAACUCUUGCUGUUAGCAGCCUGCAAAUGUUAUGCUCUUUUCUCUGAGGACUAAUUAAACUUUUAAUAAUUUAUUAUAGUUAUUAAAAAUUCUUAACUUGCUGCUGAACAGAUUCCUACCUUAACUAAAACAGUACUACAAUGUGAAUUUUAAUUACCUCACAAACAUUUCUAAUAUUGCGAAUAUUUUUCAAAAUUAAAUCUUUAAAAGAAUUUCAGGUUCUGCGUUAA